AUGAUAGCGCAGAUGGACAUUCCUUCCAUUCUCCACGCCCUUCGCAACACUGGGAAAGUGAAUAGAGAGAUCCUUCUCAUUCUCAAGAUGUCGCUGUAUUCGGGCGUGGACUUUCAUGGCGUCCUGUCGUUGAAGAUGUCAUGUUCGCUUGUGGUUGAGCAUGAAACUCCCAAGGACAAGAAUCUAAUAGUUCUCGUUGAUGAAGAGAGUGGAGAGGCAAGCCUUGACCCUUUCUCCUCAGGCAGAUUACUUGCCGAAGAGGGGAAGCCUGACAGCCUAACACUUCUGCAUUUCACAAAGAAUCCUGCUGGAAAGUCACCAGGUGGAAAGCUUUUCUUUAGUGUUGGUGUUGAGGGACCAUUGUCAUUGGAGAGAACACCAAAGGAACAUAAGAAAAUGUCUGAGAGGAACCGACCUAGGCAAGAGCAUGCCAUGAACCUUUUGGAGGAGGGUGGACUACAGCUCAGUGCUGAUGAACUCCAGAACCUGGAAUCAAUCUUGUUUUCUGAAGAAGGUAGACGGGUGUUUGGUGAUGCAUUUCCUCGAGGUUCGAGCACUGCAGGUCCAGAAUUACUGCCCAUGGAGCAGCAACUGUUCAUACCUCCUCAGCUGACUGCUGAAGAAAUCCUGACUGGGAUUGCUAUGGACCACUGUUACAUUGCUCAGUCAUCUCGUAUGUUAAAAGUAGCAAGUGUGGAAACUAAUCGUGCUGCUCCAACACCAAGUGAAGAAUCUCCAUCAGACGACUUGGACAGCACCCUUGCUUCUAUGCAUGCAGAAGAAGAACCCCUCAAAGACUCUGAUCAGGAUGGUUCAUCAAAUGAUGAUAUAUCACCUAUGCGUCGAUCUCAGCGUCAACUUGAAAGACAGGAGAAAGAGAAAGCAGACAGGAUUCGAGCAGAAAACAGGCAAAUGUUGGAGAGAGAGAAAGAAGCCAUGCUGAUGGCUACAGUUGGUACAAAAGUAGAUAAGGAUCUGAUUCCUCCCACUGAUGAAGGUGCUCCACCCAUUGCUAUUGAUGAGAAGCGGAAAAGUACUAGUGUAAAGGGAAAGAGUGAAGAGAUUCGGGAUCAUGCACCCAAAAUUGACAAGAAACCCCGUGAGGUUAAGAAAGUGGACCACCCUGAACAUCCCAAGAGGCACACUCCAGAUCCACCUCGUCCUGAGGAGAGUAACAUUGAAGGUCUCACAUUGAUAAAGUUGGGUGCCAAACCUCCUCCUUCACAUGUUGCUGAUGCUAUUGCAAAGCUGAAGCAUCAGGCAGACAAUGGAACUCCCUUGCAUAAGACAAAAAAGGAGAUAAGAAAGCAGACCAAAACCCUUGAACCAGAGCUCUUCUCCAAACCAGAUGUCUUGAUAUCAGAACAUGGGAGAAGAGAGAAUGAUAAGAAACAAGAAACUCCUUGUGAUAUUCUAUAUUCCACAUCUUUGGACAGUGGUGAAACAAAAUCUUCUCUAGACAAGUUGUGUAAAGAUGAAGAAAACCAGCCAGAUGUAAGGACUGAAGUGACAGAUGAGAAGAGUAUCCUUUUAUCCUCAAGAAGUGUCUCUGAUGAUUUUCCAAAACUAAAGGAAAGUGAAAACCAGAAGAUAAAAGAGAGUGGGCUCAAGAGAACAGACUUGUCAAAAACUUCUGUCACAAAUCGGAUCCCAGCCAACAAGACAGGUGUGAAACAAAGAUUGGGACCAGAAGAAGCUAUGAUGAACAUAAAAAACUCAUCAAUGGGUGAGAAGGUUGUGAAUAAAGGGUUAAUGACUUCUACAGCCCAAGAAAAAGCAAAAGAAGUGUCAAGUGGUAUCAGCAGAACUGAGAAAAGUGUUUCCAUCCUGAAACAGCGCCAUUCUUCAGCAUCUGGAAAGAGUGAGGAACAUACAAAGCCUUCAUCAGGUGCUCCUGUUUCCUUAAACAAAAUGCACAAGUCUCUUCCCCAAAUGAAAACUGCAAAUCUUGAAACUGGAGGAGAGAAGGUCAAGGAAAAGAAGAAAAGGAAGAGGAGAAAGAAGAUCAGAAGUGUAAAUACAGGAGCAUCUGAAAGCAGCAAGGCUCAAAGUGACAUGGAGUGUGAGGAAUCAGAUAAUCCUAUCCCUGAAGAUGAAGAUGAUGAUGCCUUAAAGAUAGUAUAUGAUGAUGAAGAUGAAGAUGAAGAUGAUGAUGAUGAUGAUGAUGAUGAUGAUGAGGAAGAAGAAGGUGCUGAAGAUGACUCUGAAAAUGACCCCAACAGACUUUGGUGUAUCUGCCAAAAGCCUCAUGAUAAUCGAAAGAUGGAGACCCGUCAGAAGCAAGACGGUGCUGUGAAUGUUCACAAGACUGUGAAAUUUUCAGCGGAACAAAAACGAGUGAUCCUCCUCUACCAUUUUCGGAGCGGUUUGAAACCGCAACAGGCGUUCGAAGAGAUGAAGAAGAACAUCAGGGAUGAUGCUCCAGGCAGGACCAUGGUCUUCAAGUGGUUUCAACGAUUCGAAGUUGGUCAUUUCGAAGUCACCGAUGAUCCACGAAGCGAUGGAAUGGUUGCUGCUGUGGCAAAAUUCCUGGGAGAAGAACCCUCUGCGACCACAAAACGACUUGCCGACGUCUUUCAAGUCUCAAAAACGUCGAUUUCGUCCAUUCUUCAUGACCAACUUGACUACUCAAAGAAAUCUGCUCGUUGGGUUCCAUGUCUUCUGAAACUGGAGAAGGAGACCAGGGUGAACUUCUGCAAGAUGUUCCUGGAGGAUUUUGAAGACGGAAAUUCGCCAAACUUCCAAAAACCUGGCAAGAAGAUGGAGAAACAAGGAAUAUCAUGGUUUUGCCCUAAUUGCAAGGACAAGCAAAGUAAAGGAAAUGAUACUCCAUCCAAGAAGCAUCAGUCUGCUCCAAAACCAAAUCCAAAUAUAGACAAAUCUCUGAAAUUAGAUAAAUCAGUGCAGAAGAAAAGGAGGAUGAUUGGAAAGCAGAAGUCCUUGAUGAAGAAAUGGAAGGGUGGAGAAAAAUCUGAUGAGAAACAGCUCUGUGUUGUGUCUGGCUGUGGGAAGAAGGUUGAACAACAUUCCGUUUUCUGCAGUGAUGAAUGCAUAGAAAAACAUGUUGCAGCAGUCAAGGAAGGGAAGGUGGCUUCACGUGCAAUGAGUGGAAAGAGCAAUCCUCUUCCUGUUGAAGCAAGAGUAACUCUUUUUGAGAGAAGUUCUGGCCACAUCAUCUCAGGCCAUGAAGCCCCAACCAUUGCUAAUCUCACAUCCUGGCUUAAACAAAACCCAUCAUAUGAGGUCCUUAUCACUCCAUCAAGGCUCUCUGCUGCCAAGUUCUACAGCAACUUGGGGAAAACGCUUGGGAAAGGAGGUCUGCGGCCACAGGCUCUGACUAUGAAACAUUCUGAUGGGCAACCCCAAAUAGGAGGUUCCUCAGCAGCAUCUGGUAUCAAAGAGGAAGAGAUUCCAGACAAGAAGAGGGAACAUGAAAAGAAAGAGAAGUCAAAGAAGGAACGUGAGCAAUCAGAAAAAGGGAAGCCUGAUCAGGACUUGAAGAAGAAAGAACCCGAAAGAUCGAAGAAGGAUCACCAAGAGAAAAAAGAGCCAGAGAAGGAGCAAGUGAAGAAGGACCAGGAUAAGGCAAAAAAAGAAAAGAGGGCCAAAGAGGAAGAAGAAUCAACACGGAAAUUUGUGCGCACUCAUCUCAAAACCUCUCUCAUGACUAGGUUGAAAGAUGCACCAGACAUGCACAUGAGUGAGGAGAAAGUGGAUAACCUGGUGAAAGCAGUUGAAGAAGAAAUGCAUUCUGUAUUCAGGAGCACCAGCCUUAAGUACAAAAAUAAAUUCAGGAGUUUGAAUUUCAACCUGAAAGAUGCCAAAAAUCAGGGUCUUUUCCGCAAAGUAUGUUUGGGAGAGAUAAGUCCUCAAGCACUUGUUCAAAUGUCACCAGAAGACCUGGCCUCCAAGGAGCUUGCUGAGUGGAGAGAGCGUGAGACGAAGCAUCAAUUGGAAAUGAUAAAAAAGAACGAAUUGGAAUGGCUGCAACAUGGAGAAAUUUACCUAGUCAAGACCCACAAAGGGGAAGUUGUGAUAGAGGGAGAAGAUGGACUACCUUCUGACAAAGCCAAGAAAGGUCCUGAGGAGCUCAAGUUACCUGAGCAAGAACCAAUUGUUGAUUUGGGUCUUGCACCUCCUGGCAAUGGAUCAAGCCUUCUAGAAGACACCACAAGUCAUCAUGGAAGUCAUCUGUAUGACAUGAAUUGUCGCAUUUGUACAGGGAAGGAGGAGCCAAAAAUCCUUCCUUCUCAAAAGGCCAAGGAAAUGCACAAGAAUCUUGCUAAACAAAAAGGACGAGACCGCAGGAAAGGGAAGGAAACAGGUGAGGGGAAGAGAAGCCAGAGGCCCUUCCCCAUUCAAGAUCGGGAAUUGGAAGAGAUUCGUCGCCGAGAGGAAGCCCUGGAACGAGAGAUUGAAGAGAUGAAACGUGAAUACCAAGAAGAACUGAAACGGGAGGAAGAAGAAGAGAAGUAUUUGGAGAAGAAGAUCCAAAAUGUCCUUGCUGAAGCACGUCAAGUUGAGGAAGCAUCAGAUGAUUCCCCCCUGUCCUCAUCGAGAUCCUUGCAUGGACAUGCAGGAGAUGAUGGGACACCUGCCAGUAAUGAUUCACCCUCUAGCCUCCCAUCUGUGUGGAAAGGCUUCGUCCAUAUGGCAGAUGUGGUGACAUGUCUUACAUCUGCCUAUCAAGUGUCUGGCUUCUGUGACAAGCUCACUACUGAUCUUCCAGAUACCCUUGACAUAGUUGGGAGGAUUGAUCCAUCAACAGUCUGGGAGUACGUGGCAAAAAUGAAGAAGUCUGGGACAAAGGAAAUUACAGUCUUGAGAUUCCAUCCUGGCAAUGAGGGUGAAGAGUCUGCAUAUGUACUCUUCUACAAGUACUUGUGGACUCGCAGCCGCUUUGGAGUAGUUGGCAAUGCCCAUAAGAUGGUCAAAGACUUUUAUAUCUUCCCUUUAGCAAGCCAUGCUCCAGUUCCCCAAAUUCUUCUACCCCUUGAUGGACCAGGAUUUGAGGAGAAACGACCUCAUCUCCUCUUGGGAGUCUUGAUUCGUCAUAAACGAACAAGAAGCACUGAAGAAGAAAGGAGGUGGCUCCUGAAGCCUGUUGUAUCUCCAUCAGGUGCAGGAGGUGCAGUGAUGCAUUUGGACAAGCACUCAGGGAGUUUCACUCCCCCAUUACCCAUGGAGGAUAGUCAGACUCCCCCUGGCUCUCCUCCUACCAAGAAGAGAGCCCCCUAUGUUCCAACUAUGAGGAAGAGGAAGUCUGAGAGCGGUCUAGACCUGGAAGUCUCCUAUCACCCUGAGGUUAACCAAGGCUCUUCUAGGACCAUCGUACCACUUCUGAAAAUGUUCUUCACCUCAAGGAACAUGAUGAAUGGCCCUAACCUUGCUGCCGUCACUCAGUCCCAUCCACUUUUGCAUAUAAAAUCACGAAUUCCAUCUCCGGCUUGUCAUGAUUCUCCUCGGACUAAGAACGAUUUUGCUGAGGCCAUGUCGAAGAAUGGAGCAACUGUCGGCCAUAUUUCUCCUGCAUGUCUCCUUCCUCGCCAACGACCAUGA